GGAGUGAAGUGAAUAAUCCGGGGAGGGUAGAGUCGUGUAAGAAGGAGCAAGCUCCUGCAGUGACCCUUCAACUCUGGAACUCCGAGGAGCACAAUAUUUCCAGCUUCUUGCUCGGUUUCUUCUUCAAUUUCCCAUUUUCUUGUUUAGCUUCUGUUCUAUACUCUCUCUGCUUCAGUGGGUUGAAGAUAUAGAUAAGAUAACAGAGGGAGUGGUCAAAGAGCGAGGGGUUCCGUAUUGUUUCCGAUGAUGGGCAAUCCUAACCCUAACCCUAGCCCUAAUCCUGCUCCGGAAAAGGAAAAGAGGCUCCAAGAAGAGCUGUUGGGUCCCAUCUUACUGGGAGACCGCAUCAUAAAACUGGCUCAGGAGGCGGAGUCGUCCAAGGUGGACUGCACGGAGCUGGCGCGGAAGGUGCAGGUGGUGUGCGACAACCUGCGUUCCGUCGUGCGUGUGGUGUCGGGGACGCAGUGCGUGAACGAGCGCCCCAUACGCCGCAUCGUCGGCGAGGUCUCCAAAAACCUAGAGCGCACGUUAGCGUUCGUGCGCAAGUGCAAGAAACACGGUGGCGUCCUCCGCCAGGUCUUCUCCAUGACCACGACUGCCGACUUCCGCAAGGUCUGGAACCUUCUGGAAUCUUCGAACGGCGACUUGGUAUGGCUCCUCACCAUCUUGGACUCGAAGGAGGGUACCAAUGUCUCCCUUCCCCCCAUCGCCAGCAACGACCCCAUCCUUGCAUGGGUCUGGACCUUCACCUACACUCUUCAAUUGGGUCAGCCAAAGGACCGCGCGGAAGCCGCCACAGAACUUGGCUCCCUCGCCAGAGGAAACGAGCGUACAAAAUUCAUCAUCUUGGAGGAAGGUGGAGUGCCUCCUCUCCUCAAGCUUCUCAAGGAAGCUUCUUCCCCUGAUGCUCAGGUUGCUGCUGCCAAUGCUCUUGUCAACGUUACUACUAAUCAAGAGAGUGUCGUUAGCUACGUCGUAGAGUCCCAUGCUGCCCCCACUAUUGUUCAGGUCCUUGGUGACUCCCCUAUGAGGGUUCGUGUCUCUGUUGCCAAUUUAGUCUCAGCUAUGGCUGAGCAAAAUGAACUUGCUCGCGAGGAGUUCGUGAGGGCCAAUGUGACUAGGCCCCUCGUGUCGUUGUUGUCCAUGGAUACUGUCCUUGCUGACCCCAUGGCCGGUCGUGCUAGCAUCCAUUCGCUUGUUCUGAAUUUGUCCAACGUUGGGGAGACAAAUUCGGAUGGGAGUAGCCGUGGCUCCAGCCACCAUCGGAGGGAAAGGGAAAGAGAGGUUGAGAGCCCGGAGUUGAGGAAUGAGGUCAAAAUCAGUUGUGCUAAGGCUCUCUGGAAACUCUCCAAAGGGUGUCUUUCAAGUUGCAAGAAGAUUACCGAGACUAAAGGUUUGCUUUGUCUGGCUAAGAUGAUUGAGUCUGAGAGUGGGGAAUUGCAACUUAAUUGUCUUAUGGCUGUCAUGGAGAUUGCUGCUGUGGCAGAGUCCAAUGCUGAUCUUAGAAGAGGUGCUUUUAAGCGAACUGCGCCAGCGGCAAAGGCGGUACUGGAUCAGCUGUUGAGGGUGGUACAGGAAGAGGGUAAUCCGGCACUGGUGAUUCCUGCCAUUAAGGCAAUUGGUUCCUUGGCCAGAAACUUCUCUGGAAAGGUUCCGCAAGUUCUUGGUCCUUUAGUUGCUCAGCUUGGUAGCAGAGAUGUUGACGUAGCCAGUGAGGCUGCCAUUGCAUUGGGAAAGUUUGUCAGCCCGGACAACUACAAUUGCGUUGACCAUUCUAAAGCAAUACUUGAGCUUGAUGGGGUUCCGAAGCUAAUGAGCCUGCUGCAGAUAAAUGAUCGCCAACAAGUUCAUGGCCUGAAAUUACUUUGUUACCUUGCCUUAAAUGUAGGUAACAGUAAGGUCCUUGAGCAAGAACGUGCCUUGAAUACCUUAGAGAGGUUUGCUCGUCCUGUUCAAACACAAUAUCCUGAUUUGAAGGACCUGUUUGCAAAGGCUAUACACCACCUCACUCUUUAUCAGCCAGGAGCUCAAUUGCACAGACAGCCCUUGGGGCUGUAAGUGCCACUGAUUGCGUUAAUCAAAAUAAUGCCUUGACUUCCUUCUAGAGAUCUAAAUCCUGCAGGGAUUCUAUAAUAAGCUAAGGCCAUGUAUUCCUCAGAUUUUACUACUUCUGUUAUCAAAUUUAGAAGAAAAAAAGAAGACUAGAAAUCAAAUUUGUUAACCUGGUAUGGAUAUUUUGUUUGUUUGAUUAAAGCAUAACAGGAGCUUGUACAACACCACUGAUGAUGGAAGUUGGCGAGAUCUCUUGGGAUGCACUUUUGAAGAGCCAACCUAGGUUGGCAGUGGUAGUUUUGAUUCAAAUUUUAUUCUGGCUACAAUGUCUGUAGAGUUCCUUGUUGUAGUUCACGAUGUAAAUCUACAUAUAAUGCAUGGGGUAAAGUUUGUACACAGUUGUCAUGUCACGGGUUUGAUUGUCUUCGAUGUUUGCAGCUGGCGUCUGGAUCGCCUAGGUAAAAAAAUAUAUGGACAAAUUUGUUGUUUUAAACAGUGAGCAUGAACAUUUUGCAUUUUUUUUUGUG